GUAAAACAUUAUACACCUCAUGACCUAUUUUCUUAAAGUGUACACAGAAUGCAGCGUUGCUAUAUAGUGAACGCAAUUAAAAGGUAUUCACGACACACCUUAUUAAGAUCAAAUGAAUCUUUAGAUACAUUACUGAAGGAUGGACUCUUCAGACACUAAUCAACCACCAGAGGGAGCCACUGGGGGCAGGGCAAGUAAUGUGGCCUACUUUACAAGUUAUGGUGACCUGAGUGUACAUGAGCUCAUGCUGAAGGAUAAACCUCGUACAUUAGCAUAUAAAAAUUUCAUUGAGAAAAACUCCCAUCUGUUUAAAGACAAAACAGUUCUAGAUGUUGGAGCAGGGACAGGCAUUCUCUCUCUAUUUGCUGCAUCUGCUGGUGCCCGAAUUGUUUAUGCUGUGGAGGCAAGCGGAAUGGCAAGUGCUUGUGAGAAAAUUGUAGAAAUGAAUAAAUGUAAUCUAGCAGGUCGAAUUGAGGUGAUCCAUGGUUGUGUGGAAAGUGUGACACUUCCUGUAGACAAGGUAGACAUAAUUAUCUCAGAGUGGAUGGGAUUCUAUCUCGUCCAUGAGUCCAUGCUGGACUCUGUGAUAGUGGCUCGUGACCGAUGGCUUGCUCCUGGUGGUCUCAUGUUGCCAUCAGUGGCAACCCUGUAUCUAAUGCCUGUUGCUAUGGACGAUUAUAUCUGGGAACAUUUCCAGUUCUGGGACAAUGUCUAUGGAUAUGACUUAUCUCCCCUUAAAUCCACUGCCAUGGCCAAUGCUAUACAACAACCUGUAAUUACAACUUUAUCCAACGAUGAAAAGCUUGCUGAGCCUCAGACAGUAGUGGAUCUGAAUUUGUAUGAAACAACACAGGAGGAUAUUGAACAGCUGUAUGCUAAACUUAGUUUUAACAUUUUAGUGGAUGGCACUGUGCAUGGAUUUGCUGCCUGGUUUGAUGUGGACUUCCAAGGUCCAGUGGGAACUUCUCCUCAGGACAGCUGUACUUCCGUUACCCUAUCUACAGCUCCUGGGGCCUCAACGACACACUGGAAACAAACUGUGUUCUUUCUGCCAUCAGCCUUCUUAGUCCAGGUAGGGGAGGUAAUCACAUGUAAACUCGAGCUAAGUCAGGACCAGGCUAAUAAAAGACAGUAUAAUAUCUCCUUGGAGAUGGUUGACAAGGACGAGGGUAGCGAGGAUGACUUUGACACGGGGGAUGAAGAACAGGAAGGUCCAGAACAUCCUAUACCUUGUACAUGUGGGGCCUCACGCUGUCAACUUAUUAAUGCUAUCAUGGACAAAUAUGAGUGUGAGCAUGCUCAGCUGGAGCAGGAAGCAGAGCUUGUGGGUGUCUCUGCCGAGAGGGAGGCUGCAAAGGAGAUGAUGAGGGAGGAAUUUAGUGUGAGCGAUACAUGAGGAGAGAGCAUUAAUAAAAAUAAAUGAGAGCCAGACUUUGCUAUAUAUAUAUUCAAGAGGAGAGGAAGAUUAUGAUGAUGAUUCUGUUAUUCUUACAAACUUUACUUUAACUAGUCAAAAUUAAAAAAAAAAAAAAAAUGCACAAUAUAAU